AUGGAGCAGUUUUUCCGCGCUACCGGUGUUGAGGCGGACACCGAUAAAGUUGACCACGCUGCACUUUACCUCGACGACACUGCUAUGGUCUGGUGGCGUCGAAGGCAUGCUGAAAUGCAAGGAGCUCAAGAUCUCAAUGCUGCCAUAGCCAUUGCCGAGUCACUCGUAGAAUACCGAAAACCAGAAAAGAGCAAAGACCCAAGGCAUGGUAAGAGUAGAAGCGGAGACCGCCACCAUUAUAAGGAGGGACCCCGAGACCACAACAAGCACAAAGGCAAGGCCGUUCAAAAAGAUCAAAGGGACCAACAGGACAAAGGACAUUGGAGAGGACCACCAAAAUGCUUCUUGUGUGACGGGGAGCACUUUGUCAGGGAGUGCCCAAAGAGGAGUAGACUAGCAGCCCUUGUGGAGGACCGUCCAGACCCGCAACCACAACAAGAAGCCCGUGUAGGUUCACUACAGAUUUUGAGCGCCAUCAAAGCCAAGGUAGAUGUGCCAAAAUCUGAGAAGUUGGGGCGACUUUACACGACAGCUCAGAUCGGGGACCAAGAGGUGCGUGUCCUCGUGGACACGGGAGCAUCCCACAACUUCAUGGAACAAAAGAAAGAUGACCAAUUAGGCCUCCGAUAUGAGCAGGGACAAGGAUGGCUUAAAGCAGUCAACUCCGCACCCAAGGCAACGUACGACAUUGCACAGGGAGUGCGCGUGCGUUUGGGUGAAUGGUCAGGUAUACUUGAUUUUUCUGUUGUUCCCAUGGAUGAUCACUCCAUUGUGCUUGGCAUGGAGUUUAUGGAUCAGGUCAAGGCAGUGCCCGUUCCCUUCGCCAACACCAUGAUGAUUCUGGACGCGGGAAACCCAGCAUGGUGCCACUUUCACGCGAAGGAGCGCUCAUGGCCAAGACCCUUUCAGCCUUACAAUUCACGAAAGGACUCAAGAGAGCCGAGCCUACCUUCCUUACCACCCUCAAGGAGGAAUCAUAUUCGGAACCAACAGACUUGCCUGCGGACAUCCAAGACACUUUGA